CCCCCUCAUCUUUUAGUCAAUUCCUUGCUUCUGGAGAGAGUUGACUGUUCCGACACCGUUGGCACUCACGGGCUGGGUCACUAUAAUCGCUGGCUGAUAGGGGCAAGGAAAAUAGGCUACAUAAAUACAUACAUUCAUAAAUGUCAUGACAAUUAUCAGUUUGACUUUUCUCUCAAGAAAAACCGACGCACUGACAUCCUAAAUAAGGAGAAAAUCUCAGACCAUCCAAUUGAGUUGGAGAUUAUAGGUUCAUUUUUGAACUGAAGGUGUGUGUGUGUAUAGUCCCGUGAUGUUGGCCCACUCUUCUCUCCUGUUGCUACUCUGUCUCGCGCGGCUGCCCACCCCCAUGUCGGCCCUGCCCUUUGAGCAGAGGGGAUUCUGGGACUUUGCGAUGGACAGUGAUGUGGGAGGGAUGAUGUCAAUGAUGAGAGAUGAAGAGGAAGGCUCGGCAAUAGAGGAGCUGCCCCCUCCUGAUCUGCCCUCAUGCCCCUUCGGGUGCCAGUGCCAACGCAGAGUGGUGCAAUGCUCCGAUCUGGGUUUGACUGAGGUGCCUAAGAGCAUUCCCGCUGACACCAAACUCUUGGACCUGCAGAACAACCGCAUCACUGAGCUGAAGGAGAACGACUUCAAAGGCCUCAGCAACCUCUACGCACUGUCCCUGGUGAAUAAUAAGAUCAGCAAGGUCCACCCCAAGGCCUUUGUUCCUCUGAAACACAUGCAGAAGCUCUACUUCUCCAGAAACCUCCUGACUGGAGUCCCCAAGAACCUGCCCUCCUCUCUGGUGGAGCUGAGGAUCCAUGAGAACCGCAUCAAGAAGGUCCAUGAGGGGGCCUUCUCUGAACUGGGCAGCAUGAACUGCAUAGAAAUGGGAGGGAACCCCAUCCAGAACAGUGGGUUUGAGCCAGGAGCCUUCAAGGGACUGAAACUGAACUACCUGCGUAUCUCUGAGGCCCAACUCACUGGAGUACCCAAGGACCUGCCAGACAGUCUCCAUGAGCUCCAUCUGGACCACAACCAGAUACAGGCCAUCGAGCUGGAGGACCUGAGCCGCUACAAACACUUGUACAGGUUGGGUCUGGGCUUUAACCACAUUCGUAUGAUAGAGAAUGGCAGUCUAGCUUUCAUCCCCCGCCUGAGAGAGUUACACCUGGAGAACAACAGACUCACAGCAAUCCCCAAGGGUCUGCCUGACAUGAAGUACCUACAGGUGGUCUACCUCCAUUCCAACAGCAUCAGCAAGGUGGGAGUGGAUGACUUCUGCCCAAGAGGCUUUGGGAUGAAGAGGUCGUUCUAUAAUGGCAUCAGCCUCUACUCUAACCCUGUCAACUACUGGGAGGUCCAACCCGCUGCCUUCCGCUGUGUCAGUGACCGUCUGGGCAUCCAGUUUGGCAACUAUAAGAAAUAAGCACAGGGAGAAAGUGAUAGAGAGGAUGGAAGGAGAGAGAGAGGAGUGGAGCAAAGAGGAGUGAGAGAGGAGGACUGGGGAGAGGAGGAGGUUGAGGAGAGAAGGAGGCAGAGACCAGAAUUGGGGAAAGGAGAUGAGUAAAAUUGCCCUGACCAAAUUUAAAUCUGUAUUCGAUAGAGAGAAUGAGAGAUGGUGAGGACAGAUGAGAGAAGAGAAACAAUAGAGAUGUGUUUGUAUUCUAAUUCCAACUAUAGAGAUCCUGUAUUCUAAUUUCGGUUCCAACCAUAGAGAUCCUGUAUUCUAAUUCCUGAUUCUAACCAUAGAGAUCCUGUAUUCUAAUUCCUGAUUCUAACCAUAGAGAUCCUGUAUUCUAAUUCCUGAUUCUAACCUUAGAGAUCCUGUAUUCUAAUUCUAACCAUAGAGAUCCUGCCUUCUAAUUCCUGAUUCUAACCAUAGAGAUCCUGUAUUCUAAUUCUAACCAUAGAGAUCCUGUAUUCUAAUUCCUAAUUGUAGGAGAGAAACAUACAGUGUGAGGGGAAAAGAAAGGCGAAGGAUGUGCUUGCCCAAUCCACAUUUCAAUAUCUGACUUUUUUAAACCAUGCUAAUCAGGUAUUAAAGCCUGAAAACAGGGUCAAUAGAAAUAAAUAAAUACUAUUGUGUUUGUGUCAAAUUAAUCAGUACUCAGAAAUAUAUUUUUUUGAGGAUGUUUUCUUCCCCAACCAAAUUGCAAAGAUGAGAUUUAUGAUAAGAAAUAUUUCGAAGCAUUUCCUUCAAUAUUGUUUUUAUUACAAGAGCUUUAUUUGUUAUUAUUACAAUUUUUGUGUUAUUAUAAUUUUGGUGAAGAUACAUUACAGGUAAAACAUAGAAAAGCAAUGCCUGUAUAUAGAUGAUCAUAUAAGAGGUGCUCUUUUUACAUAUGUUUGUUGUGUGUCUAUUUGGGAGUCACAUUUGAACCUUCCUUCUAUUGCUAACAUCAGACUUAUCAGGUGCUAACUUGGAUGCCAUAAUCAAUUCAUCCUGUAUGUCAUAAGCAAACCCAACCUAUGGAAAGAAAAAGAUUAAGGUUGGAGUCAAUUCCACUAUUUCAAAUCAGAUUCCAAAAUGGAAGUUGUCAGUUCCAAUACAUCACAAAUCCAAACAAAAACAUAUAUUUCUUAUUCCUUUGAUACGGCUGAAUUACCAUCACAAGUGGAACUGACCUCAACCUGGAGAUGUCAGUGUCAAUUAGGUAGGCUACUCCCCAGGGGAAACUGCCCUGAGUCCGAUUGUUCCUGGGUGCCAUUUUGUGUCCAUCCCCACUUCAGCAUCCAGUCUCCUGAGUGUAUACAGUGACAGUACAAUAAGGGGUGAACCGCCAGAGUGGGACUUGAACCAGCAACCCUGCAGGUUCAGAACCCUUGGCAGAGGCUGCAGCCAGGGAGGUUACAACAGCAGUGUUUGAUGGAUUGUUUUGCACAGUGUCUCUGUAAUGCUUUCUCUGCUGGGUUUCCUCUGGGUAUUUAGUCUGUGUAAAUGAUAGAUGUAGUUGCCUUAGUUCUUAAUGCCUUUUCUAUACUCUGCCAAGCUACCGCUGCAUGUAAGAAUAAAGAUUUUUUCAGCCUGACUAUAGCAGAGAGAACGUGUGAUGGUAUGGUGGUGGAAAGAAGCUGUGUGAGAAAUAAAGGACAACUACAACAUUG